AUGGGUACAACUCUGCAGAAGUGUCAUGUCAUGAAGCAUGGGAAUCGCCACAGGAGUUAUAAGAUCCACUUUAAGUUCUUACCUUACAAAGCUUACAAGACCCAUUUUUAUUUAAACCCUAAUAGAGUUCUCCAGUAUAUGGAGAAAGUUUUCCUGAAGAAGCUGGUUGUGGCAACCCGUAAGAAGUUACUAGUUAUGUCAGAUUUCAGACUUUUGAGUACGGCAACCAGACGAGAGAAAGGUUCUAAGACAGCUGUGGAUGAAGACUCUCAGGGGAAUUCUAUGGCACCCGAACCCGAUGGAGGAGAGGGAGAGAGUUCUGAUGAAGGUGAAGGAGAUGGUGAUACAACAUCCACUAAGUUUCGACGACGACAUGAUCAAGACCUGGAAUAUGAAGAACCAGAAGAAGAAGAAAUGAUGAAAGAGGAGGAGUCAGACAAUGAGGAUUUUGAAGGAGAAGAACUAACAGUGAAACAAGAAGAGGAUGAAGAAGAUGACAGCCAAGAAGCACUUGUAGAAGAGAUGGUAUCAAAAAAAAUAAAACAAGAACGAGAGAUUUUGGACACAGUAAAAGCAAAACGUGUUAAU